AUGCAUUUCAAGAAUCAAGAAUUAUAUUGUUAGAAAUGUAAUGAAAUCUCUAAAUAGAUUGCGGAGAGAUAACAAAAAGAAAUUCAAUACAUAAAUCAAAAAUUGAAUAAAAUUAAAGAUGAGAUUUAAGAAAAUUUCAAAGAAUUGUUUUUAUUUAUACCUUUUAAGCCUCUUUAGAUCUAAAAUGAUGAAGGAGAUUUUUAGAAAAAAAUAUCUGAAUAAAUAUACUAAAAGAAAUUGGAUUUUAAAUAAAGUUAUUUAAAUUGUUUUAGAUUUGAAGAAGUGUUAAAUGAUUUAAAUAAUAAAGUUUAAGGAAUAACAGAAAAGUUAAAUAUGUUGUUAAAAGAAUAUGAAAAAAUGCAUCCCCAUAAUUUUAUAAAAAAGGAAUGGAAGUUAGUAGAUAAAAAAUACUAAUAAGAAUUUUGUUGUUGUUUAACAUUUAAUAAAAAUAACUCAAUGUUAAUAACAGGAGCUGGGUAAAAAAUUAAGUUGUGGAAAUUUGUUUAAGGAUAAUUAAAUGUGACUCCUACAAUAUUAACUGGACAUGAAAAACCUGUAAUUUGUUUAGCAUAAAGUAUGAAAUAAGAAAUUAUAAUAUCUGGAAGUGAGGACAAGACAAUAAGGAUUUGGAGAAAAGUUGGGAUCAAUGUUUGGACUUCAACAAGUCAUGAUUUACAUUAACAAUGUGUUAUGGGAAUGAUAUUUGAUGAGAAAAUGAAUUAAUUGAUUAGUUGGAGCAAAGAGAAUGUUAUAAGAAUAAGCGAGAUAAAGAAGAAUUAUGAUUUAAAUUAAAUUUAAGUUAUGAAAGGACAUACUGGUAGUAUAGAUUGCGUUUGUUUAAAUGAGAUAGAAACUAUACUUUGUUCAUCUGGAAAUGAUAAAAAAUUAAUUAUUUGGAUGAAAAAUAAAAAUACGGAAUGGUAAUUUUAAUAUGUAAUAAAUAAUACAAACAAUGAUUUUAUAUGUAGGAUGUCCUUCCUUAAUUAAAAAUUGGUUUGUUUAUUUUGGAGUGAAGGUAUAAUAUAAGUAUUUGAAUAAUAAAAUGAAAAAUAUAUUGAAAAAUAAGAGAAAAUAUAAUUAAACAAGGAAUGUGACGGAGAAAAUUUAUUUCCUUGUAUUUAUAAUAAGCAAUAAAACAUACUAAUAUUGAAACAUAAUAGAUAUAUUUAUACUUUGAAUGAUUAAUUAAUUCAAUGUUGUGAACCUAUUGAUUGUAAAGAUUGCUAUUGUUAUGGAACGUUAGCUGAAGAUGGAAAAUACUUAGCCGUUUGGGACGACUCUUAAAAAAUGAUAUUUAUAUAUGAAUAUUUAUAGUUAUGAAG